AUGUCCUACCCAUCCUCCCUUUUGAAUUCAAAUCCGAUCAAUGAUAAAUCGGCUGUAUUUGUAAAUCAGGCAAUGCGUGAUGAGAAAGAAGAUGACCCUUUCCAUCAUCCUUUACCGGUUCAUAAAAGGAAAAUCAGCAAUGCAAGCUCGACUUCCUCCUCAUCGAACUACCCCCUAAGUGACUUAAGCCAGCCAGAGCCUCAGAACAGUCAGAAUGGAUCGGCUGACAGACUAGGUAAUAUUCAAUUAACCACAUUUGGCAGUGGUCGAGGCAAGGGCGCAAUUGGAGAAGUUCCCAUGAAAAGGAAAAAGAAUAAAGCGCGUAAAAAAAGUCAGAGUAAUGAUGGACCCAGAACUGACAGUCAUACAAGUGGUUAUUACAGCAAUACGAGUAACGAUGCUACAGGUGUCUCUCUCCCAGACACAUCGAGCUCGACUUUUCUUCCAGAUCACAUGACACCUAUACAUAUCAAAGCUGAGAAAAGCAGUAAGAGAGUCUGGUAUAAUGACAAGUCUAAUAACUUAAGACUGGAUAUCCCAAGAGGAGCCAUUCCUGCGGGAGAGAACUUCACAAUUGACUUUGGAGUGGCCCUCUUUGGCCCGUUCCAGUUCCCUGAAGGUCUGAGACCCGUGUCUCCUGUGUUCUGGAUCUGUGUUCGUGACCAGAGAAAUUUUCAGUUCUCCAAACCAGUCACAGUCUCUAUCCCUCACUUUCUUAACCUUGAGAAUCAUGACGAGAUCCAAUCUCUUGGUCUCACCUUCCUCUAA